AUGUAUUCUUGCUAUGAGGACAAAGAGAUGCAACGCCGAAUCGAGAUGGAAGAGAUAUACGAAGAAGUGUUGCAGAUGCGACAUAGAACAGAUUUGGCAAUCCAAAGAAUGCAAGAAGCACAACGCCAAAAAGAGUUCCAAGAGAUGAAAGAUAUGCUAAAUGAGCUUGUUCAAAGUACUGAACGAAUGAGUCUUCAUCUCCAAACUAUAAUUGACAACAACUCAAGAAGAGAGAGACAAGAAGCUCAUGAGAAAGUAAUCUCAUCAAUGGAGGACAAUGAUGUAGAAGAUGAACCAAAGGAGGUGGUACUGCAGCCGCUACCUAUACUUCCUCCACCACCAUACUCACUCAAGUGA